CUCUUCUUCUGACGAAGCCACCUCCAUUUUGUAAGGACUGUGCUUUCCUUCCUAAAGUGACCUGGAAGGGAAAGAAUUUUCUAAAUCGGUAUCGCACCUCCAACAAAGUCACCUUAGUUGAGAGGGGAAGGGAGUGAGAGGGACAGACGCGGAGCCACCCCUCUCUCCCCGCUCUAUCCCGAGCCCGGUUAAGGCCACUUUCUCUUUAAAUGCAAAUCACCUCCCGCCAGUUUAGCUCCCACCCGCUCGCGUUCCCGGGAGGACAUCGCGGAAAGCGAAGGAACUUGCAUCGGGGCAUCUCUCGGGACCUCAGACUUCCAGGCCUGAGGCCCAGCCAGCAUCCAAUGGAUGACAAAAAGAAGAAAAGGAGUCCCAAGCCCUGCCUGGCCCAGCCAGCCCAGGCACCAAGCACACUUCGCAGGGUCCAGGUACCCACAAGCCACAGUGGCUCUUUGGCCCUGGGACUCCCUCAUCUCCCAUCCCCCAAGCAACGGGCCAAGUUCAAGAGAGUAGGCAAAGAGAAAUGCCGCCCAGUGCUGGCCGGAGGUGGAGGUGGCUCUGCAGGCACGCCCCUGCAGCACUCCUUCCUGACCGAGGUGACUGACGUCUAUGAGAUGGAGGGGGGACUGCUGAAUCUGCUCAAUGAUUUCCACUCAGGCAAGCUCCAGGCCUUUGGGAAGGAAUGCUCCUUCGAGCAGCUGGAGCAUGUGCGGGAGAUGCAAGAGAAACUGGCCCGACUGCACUUCAGCCUGGAUGUGUGUGGGGAGGAGGAGGACGAGGAAGAAGAGGACAGCGCCCCUGAGGGGUUGCCAGAAGAACAGAAAAAGACAAUGGCAGACCGCAACCUGGACCAGCUGCUUAGCAAUCUUGAAGAUCUUAGUAAUUCUAUACAGAAACUGCACCUGGCAGAGAACGCUGAGCCUGAGGAGCAAUCAGCUGCAUAGGUGUUGAAUACAAGCCCAGACUGCCUCUCUUAUUCCUUUCAAACUGUGACUUUUUAUGGACUCCGGAAGGUAUUCCGCAGUCCCCCAGGUGCUAUGGGGGAAGGGGGCAUUGGAUGGAAUUAAAAAAAAAAGAAAGUAG